UCAGUUUUGUAUUGUAUUUGUGAUUAAAUAAUAUCAAAUUAUAUUUUGUAAAACAUGAGAUCUAUAAAACGACCAAUGAGCCAGAUGAGGAAAUUUGAAGCGAAGGAGGCUCUAUUUAGACAAAGGAAGCGAAUUCUGAAAUACUUAGUGCACGGCUUCCUGAAGCAGGAAGGCUACCUAGCCAGCGCAGAGGCUUUCUGGUCGGAGGCUGCGCUCACCAGCGAGUACGAGCUAUGUGACAAUAUGGAUCUCGAGAUUAUACUUCAGGACUUCUGCAGUUACUACAUGAUGCGAUUUAACAAGCAGCCGCAGUUCUGCCGGCAGGUGGCGGAACCCCAACCUUUGCCAUCAAUACGGCCUCCAACACGAGCCGCGCGGCCUCCACCACCAGAGCCGGAGGUCAACGAAGACCCUGACCUCCCAGCUACGUUCACCAUCACCAAGUUAUUCAAGGAUAUACCAGAAGAUAUAAAUUCAAUCCCGGCAUUAGAAAGAAAGCCUUUAUCAGGCUUCGUAGCCAACAUGUCGCUGGAUAAGAAACAACUAGUGGAUCUAUUGUACCAGGAUAUCAUAAGACCGUCGGGAGUGAGCUGGAAUGACGUUAAAGGAUUGGAAGACGCUAAAAGAAUUCUGAUAGAAUCGGUCGUUUAUCCUGUCAGACAUCCGGCGGUAUUUACUGGGUUGUUGGAGCCGUGGCGCGGCGCGCUGUUACACGGCCCACCCGGCUCCGGCAAGACGCUGCUUGCACGCGCACUUGCCGCAGAGAGUCGCUGUACCUUUUUCAACGUCGCCUGUAGCACGCUCGUUAACAAAUGGAGGGGCGAGUCUGAGAAGAUAGUUCAGGUAUUGUUCGAGAUGGCGUUCUAUUACUCACCGUCAAUAAUUUUCAUGGACGAAGUGGAGACGUUAGUGUCGGAGCGGUCGGGCCUUGGUGAACACGAGGCCAGUCGCCGACUCAAGUCGCAGCUGCUCACCGAACUGGACGGUGUUAGAGACCGAGACGGACUCGUCUUCCUCCUCGCCAAUUCUAACAUGCCUUGGGAAAUCGACACAGCAAUGUUACGACGUUUAGAGAAAAGAAUCUACGUUCCUCUACCGGACGCGAAGGCUCGAGCUGCACUCUUCGAGAUGUAUCUGAACGUUAGGACUGUGGAGGUCUACCCGAAGGUCAACUUCCAGGAGUUGGCCGCCAAGACAGAUGGGUACUCGGGGAGUGAGAUAAAAUUGGUCUGCAAGGAGGCCCUCAUGGCUAACGUUAGGAAAAUGCUACCCAAUAUGGUGUCGAGAAGUCAGUCUGGUCGCAAAGAACGCCUACAUGUGUCAGAUAUUUUAGCAGCCAUAGACAAGACUAAGCCGGUGUCAAAAGAUCUCGCCAAGAAACACAUUGAAUGGCAAGAAAAGAUGGGAUGCUCCUGA